UGCAUUGCUGGAGACGGCGGGGAUGGCCUUUCUACUGACUAACUAAAUACUCGGGUGACUCCUCCCUGCUGCAGCCAAAAAUCCCGCAUUAAUUCCCUCUCACUCAUCCACACGAGCCCGGUGAUCCCUCCCUCUCCGUCCGAGAAACCCAGUGAGCCGGUGACGAUGGCGAAAGCCAAGGACGUGGAGAGCGGAGAGUCGAUCAUCCUUCCCCUCAUCUCCAGAGGAACCAAGGAGGUGGGCUGCGGAUCCAACUGCAUGGUCCUGCUCAGCACGCUUGUCGCCGUCGCCGGUUCUUUCCAGUUUGGAAUGUCCGGGGGCUUCUCUUCGCCGGCCCAGGCGGGCAUCAGGAGAGAUCUGCAUCUCACACUCGCGGAGUAUUCUAUGUUCGGGUCCAUAUUGACGAUAGGGGCAAUGGUGGGCGCCAUCAUGAGCGGGCGCCUCUCCGACUUCCUCGGCCGCAAGGGGGCAAUGAGAAUUUCGUCCAUCUUUUGUGUUGUCGGAUGGCUGUUCAUAUACGUCGCAAAGGGUGCGUGGUCACUGGACAUUGGCAGGCUCUCCCUGGGUUAUGGAAUUGGCAUUCUUUCGUUCGUGGUUCCCACGUACAUAGCAGAGAUAACACCCAAAAAUAUGAGAGGAGCACUCACAACAGCAAAUCAGCUACUCAUAGUUUGUGGAGGAUCCUUUUCGUACCUUUUAGGAACUGUCGUGACAUGGCGCACACUGGCGCUCAUGGGAUUCAUACCGUCCAUGCUGCAGAUGUUAGGUCUCUGCUUCAUUCCUGAAUCGCCAAGAUGGCUGGCUAAGGUUGGAAAGCAGGAGGAAUUCGAGUCGGAGCUAAGACGGCUCCGCGGAGGUUCUGCCGAUAUUUCUGAUGAAGCCAUCGAGAUCCAGAAAUACGUUGAGAGCAUUGCAAAGCUUCCAAAAGCAAGGAUACGGGAUUUGUUUCGAAGGAACUAUCUGUAUUCGGUCAUCGUUGCAGUUGGCUUGAUAUUGUUACAACAAUUUGGUGGAAUAAAUGGGAUUGGGUUUUACGCAAGCGAAACUUUUGUGGCAGCCGGCUUUUCCUCUGGAAAUGCUGGAACAGUAGCCAUGGCUGCUAUUCAGGUUCCAGUGACGACAGUGGGCGCGUUAUUGCUGGAUAGGGUUGGGAGGAGACCACUUAUAAUGGUUUCUGCGACUGGUACCUGCUUGGGUUGCUUUCUGGCGGGCCUUUCCUUCUUAAUCAAGGGUCAUGUUUCCUCACCGGACAUAAUCCCAAUACUAGCCCUUGCAGGCAUACUGUUGUACAUAGGAUCAUUCUCCAUAGGUUUGGGCGCAGUACCUUGGCUCAUAAUGUCAGAGAUAUUCCCAUUGCAUGUGAAAGGGAUGGCAGGAAGCUUGGUGACUUUAGUCCAUUGGUUUGGCUCGUGGGCCAUUUCCUACGCAUUCAACUUCCUCAUGACCUGGAGUUCGUCAGGGACCCUCUUCGUCUUCUCGGCCGUGGGAGCGCUCACCGUGUUGUUCGUCGCCAAGUUGGUUCCAGAGACGAAGGGAAGAACCCUGGAGGAGAUCACUUCUGCCAUGAGCUCUUUCUCUUCCACUAAACUAUGAAAACGGUGGCCGAAGCUCCUCUGCGCACGAUACCGUUCCUGUUUUCAUCCUUAGUGUGCCUUGUUGUUUCAUUACCAUAUAGUUACCAUAAUUCUUGCUCACUGUCGUUCGCCUAGGAGAGCAGCCUUCAAGACUUGCUCGUUUCCCGGCAAGUUCUUGUCUGCAGUCAAUUUUUGUCCUAAAUCGUUGUAAUUGGUGUCCACUGGUCCAGAUUCAACGUCUUGGCAUCCCGAAGAACCGUAUUAUUACAUUGCGAGUGGGUCUCUUUUGUAAUAUUCUCAUAUUCAAAAUUUUGCAAGGUUACAUUGUCGGGGUUUCUAUA